AUGGAAAAAGGAGAUUCAAGCAGUGAGGAGCAAUAUGAACGGGUAUAUUAUUCACCCUAUUCAAAACACCAAUAUUGUACAGCAAUUCGUUCAAUAGAUACCGUCAGAGCAUUACACCAAACAGUUGUAUCAUUACGUACGGCACUUGAUGAAUCUCGUCAGGAAAUUGAAAAGUUAAAGAAACAGAUCUUAAUCAAUAACGAGAUACAAGAUGCUCGACAAUGUAAUCAUCCGUUAAAUUUAUCACAACAAAUUGAUUAUAAAGCACUAGGUAAAAAAGUCUCAGAAUUGGAAAAGAUUUAUUAUAAAGCUCAUCCAAUGAGCAAUUCAUCACAGGAGGAUUUAGCAAACUACGAACUAAGAACUGAAAGAGGUGAUUCUGAAUUGUUGUCAGAUGAAAAUAAAGCGACAGCUAGUGAUUCAUUACAUAAAGUACGAAAAGGUGAUGGUUUUAAGAAAAAAAUUUCAUUAGUGCCUGAUAUAACAAUCUCAACCCAAAAUCUGAACGACUCCAAUAUAAGCGCAACAGGUGGAAAUACAAACAAUCAGAUGGCGUCUCGAAUUGAUGUAAAAAUUAAAGUGUCAUCAAAUAUAAACGUUUCCGAUAAUAAUGAUGCAUCGACAGACGCCUCUUCUGAGGCAUCAUCCGAUACGCCUACACAGAAAUCAAAUUUAGACAAAAAGAGUGAUGCAGACGUUGAAGCUGAGGAGAAUAAAAGCGUUAGAGACGAAAAGGGUGUUGAGCAAUCAAACGUAUCGAAACGAGAGAAUCCAAAAGUAGAAGUUGAGAUGUAUGAAGAUAGUAAUACUAAUACUUUUAACGUUGAUGCCAAAAAUUUAAAGAUAAGAGUAACAUCCGAAGAUAGCAUUAAUAUUCGUAAGUCUAUUGAGCGUAUCAGUGUUCAACAAAGUUCUACAGAGUAUUUAAAUUUGGAUAUUGAUGACUUGUCUGAGGGUGAUAAUUCCGUCUUUACUGAAGGUGCCACAACUCCAAUUGAACAACGACUUCAACAAGUAGAAGAAAUUGGAUCUGACAAUGAGGGUGUAGAUGAGAUGGGUGAAUUGCCUCGAGAAGAACGCGAGGAACCGGAUGAUAUUCCAGAAGAAGUUGACGAUAUUGAGUUAAUUUUUUCAUCUGAUGAUAAUAAAGAUAUGAUACAAGAAGAUCUUGUUUCAUUGUCAGAAUAUGAACCAUGGCAAGAGCCAGGAGGCACAGGCACACCAGUAUUAACAAGAUUCUCAACAAUCACUUCAGACGAUGCUGAUAGAGAAGCAUAUUAUGAGAAGAAAAAAGCUCUAAGAGCAGCAAGAGCUCAAGCAAGAGAAAGCCUUAAGGAUAAGAGUUUGGAAAGUGCAGACUCAUUAAGUUUUGAUAAUACAAACCAAAAUGCGGAUUAUAAGUUAUCUAGUUUUGAAAAAGAAUCCAGUAUAGACGAUCCAAUUUCACGAGAUAAUAGCAUAGAUACAUUAACAAGACCCGCAACUGCGACAAAGGGCAGAUCUAAUAAGAAAUGGACUAAUGUGAAUGUACUCAUUGAAACGGAUAUUUCCAAAGUUGGUAUUGGGGAGGAAAUUUCACUUGAUAUGAGAAGACGUAAUACAUGCCCUAAUCCUCCUAUUUACAGGCCUUUGGGAUAUUCACAGAAUCGAUCAUCAUUUAGAAACUCAAUAGCAGCCAAAUAUCCUCGCUCAAUCCGUAAUAAUUAUCCAUUAACGACAACGACAAACUUAUCAUCUAAGGACAGGGAAGGCACAAAUGCUGGCUCAAAAAAUGGAGAUUUGAAAUGUAAUUCGUUUGCACAGACAGAUAUUUCAGCAUUAUCGCAUCAAUGGCGCUCAGAAACACAACUAAUUGGAACAGACUAUUGUCUCGGAGGAUAUACAUUACCAUCAAAAUAUAACUCGCCUCAAGCAAACAGCAAUAGAAGUGGGAAAAGCUCACUAAGGCUUUCAGAAAAGACACAAGAGGCACGACGAAUAUUAUUAAGCGACAUAAAUUUUACAAGUAUGGUACCCGAGCUUUCACGUUCAGCAGAUCAUUUAUGUCAGCAAAAAAUAAAUGAGGAGGGAGAUGAAGAUACGGAAUAUUUUAAAGGAAAUUUGUUAAAAACACCAGACUAUUCGGGCCGUGGACUAACGCCAAGUACAAGCACACCAGGGGUUUCUCAAUGGACAUUUAAUGAAAGUACAACACAAACUGAAGGAUUUUGGCAUAAUCGGAAUGAUUCAUUUGAUUCUAGUAAAAGUUAUUCAUUAAGAUCAGGCAAUCAAUCAUCAAACAUGCUAAAUAAGCAUCAACGCUCAAGGAGCGUCCCAUCAUUCCGUUGUUCAAUAUGCAAGCAGACUCACAACUCAUUAAAACCUUCGGAGAGCAUGCACUACACAAAAACAGUUACAUUCCGAGAGCCUCUCCAAAAAACUCGUGGCUCAUUGCCAGAUUUAAGGCAUGACUGUCAUUGUUCGAGACGAUGUGGCAGCAAAACAUCACAACUAUAUCGUAUGCACGAAUCAAGCGGAUCAACAGAAAGUCUAUUGGAGGAGGCUGAUGAAUAUAUGCGACAUUGUGCCGACGACUUAGGCGACUCUAGUAAAAAACCAAAUAGACUAUGCUCGGAUGUUGCAGAAGCACAUCGAGAUUGCCAUCAAUCAAGACAUAUACUGCCUUUUCUGCCAAAAUCUCCUAAAUGCUUAAAGACAGGACAGCAAGCAAAAGUGAUUGCGAAGGGUGGUCGUAUAGUUGUGGGCAAAAUACGUUACAUCGGACACAUUGCAAGUGAUAAGAAUGAAGAUGAAAUUUAUGUCGGAUUGGAAUUGUUGAAUGCCCAAGGAGAUUCGGAUGGAUCUUUUAACGGAAGGAAAUUCUUUGAAUGUGAAUCUAAUUAUGGUAUUUUCGUGCCCUUUAAAAAAGUCAUCAUGGCGUGGAAUUAA